ACAAGCUUAGGCAGGUCGACGGGACAAAGGCUAUUCUCAAUGGAAAGUCUUUAACCUUCCUUGGACCAACAAAGCCCAUAGUUUGACCGUACUAGUUUCCCCUUAAUUUCUCUCCCUGUUUAUACUCCUCGUUUAAUUCCUCAAGCUCGAAGCAAACUCGAGGAUUCUGUUUAAAGAUGGCCGAUCAGCUUGCUAAGGGAGAGGAAUUCGAGAAGAAAGCGGAGAAGAAGCUUAAUGGUUGGGGAUUAUUCGGUUCCAAGUACGAAGAUGCCGCUGAUCUCUUCGAUAAGGCUGCUAACUCUUACAAGCUUGCUAAAUCAUGGGAUAAAGCUGGGUCAACAUACAUAAAAUUAGCAAGUUGCUAUCUGAAGGUGGAAAGUAAGCAUGAAGCUGCUCAAGCUUAUACGGAUGCUGCCAAUGCCUAUAAGAAGACAUCUAUAAAGGAGGCCAUUUCAUGCAUGGAGCAGGCAGUAAAUCUGUUUUGUGAUAUUGGAAGGCUCAGUAUGGCUGCAAGAUAUUUGAAGGAAAUUGCUGAACUAUAUGAAUCAGACCAGAACAUUGAACUUGCUAUUGGUUACUUUGAGAAAGCUGCCGACUUUUUCCAAAACGAGGAAGUAACAACAUCUGCGAACCAGUGCAAGCAGAAAGUGGCGCAGUUUGCUGCUCAGUUAGAACAAUACGAAAAGGCAAUUAAAAUAUAUGAAGAGAUUGCUCGACAUUCACUCAAAAGUAACUUGCUAAAAUAUGGAGUGAAAGGACAUCUUCUGAAUGCUGGCUUAUGUCAACUCUGCAAAGGUGAUAUUGUAGCCAUCACUAAAGCAUUGGAGGAAUAUCAGGAUUUAGAUCCAACUUUUUCUGGCACGCGCGAAUGUAGACUUUUAGCUGAUAUUGCUAGUGCAAUUGAUGAAGAAGAUGUUACGAAGUUUACUGACGUGGUUAAGGAGUUCGAUAGCAUGACCCCACUGGACCCAUGGAAGACAACUCUGCUGUUGAGAGUGAAGGAAAAGCUGAAAGCCAAGGAGAUGGAGGAGGAUGACCUUACCUAAAUUUCUCCAUUAUAAAUUGUUUUGUUGUGUCACGGUUUGUUGAUUGCAGCACUAUAUAUGAUGAGAUUUAUGUAAAUUUUCACCACAUUUGUAAUGCCUGAGAUUCUAAAAAAUUACCUUGUUUCGGGCUCAGUUUGCCUGAGAUUCAGUUUGCGUGCAUGAGUUUGUG